CAACCACUUGACCCGAUCACUACCAUGUUUGGUGCUCUCAACCGCUUCAUCGCACGGCUAGACGCUGGUGCCGAAGAACAGCAAUCCAGCAUUCAUGGCGCUUUUGGAUUCCAGGUUUUGAGGAACACGAAUUCAGAUGUGCCCCUUGACCCUUGGUUUGACUUUGUCAUUGGAAUUAAUGGGAGGACUAUUGAUAAUCCGGAUCCAAAUCUUUUUGCUACGGAGGUCCGCAACUGUGCUGGGACUACGAUUAAUUUAGGCGUCUUCAGCGCAAAGGGUCAAAAAAUCCGCGAAAUCUUUCUCCCAAUUCCCGCCACAAACCCCGUUCUUGGCCUCUCCCUGCAAUGGACUCCCCUCUCCAUCAUAGAAGAUGUCUGGCACAUCCUUGAUGUAAUCCCCGACUCUCCCGCCGACGUUGCCGGCCUUCUUCCCUACGGCGACUACGUAAUAGGCAGUCCCGAAGGCCUAGUCCGUGGAGAAUCUGGGUUAGGUGAACUAGUUGAAGACUAUCUAAACCGGCCCCUCCGUCUCUUUGUAUACAAUCAUGAGUACAAUGUUACGCGCCCUAUUACUAUCACUCCAUCGCGGGGCUGGGGCGGUGAGGGGGCGCUGGGCUGUGUAUUGGGCUUUGGUGCGCUACAUCGCAUUCCCGCGCCGCUUGAAGAACCGCCGCAUGCGCCUGGUGAAACGCUAUUUGCAACUGAGUCCACUUCCUUCGACGAAAAACGCCCAAUUUCCUCCGCCUCCAAUCCUCCUCCCGUAGGACCUAGCUCCGAACUCUUCGUUCCAGCGAAUAUGGCGAUACCUUCGAAGUCUCCGCCGCCUCCGACGGGUACAGCCGCAGGUCAUGGCCUACCGAAACGGAAGCAGAGAGCGCAUCAUGCGCAUGUGAGUCCCAGUGCGGGUGGUGGGCUGGACGAUUAUUUCAAAGAGGGUGAGCAGAAAAGUAAAGAGGAGGAUGGGGCGCCAAAAGCGAAAGGGGGUGUGCCACCACCACCGAAAGCAGGUGGGCCACCUAAGGGACCACUGAAAAGUGGGACGCCGGUGCCGGUAGAGCUGUCGUAGAUGUUGCCUGGAGCUCGUUGGGUCUGGUGUAUGGUGGGAUUGAAUUAGAGCCGCUGUCCAGACAUAUUAGUCAAGCUACACUGUGUUGCAUAUUGUAAUGG